AUGAUCUCUGCACUUUAUAUCCUUCAUAGACCCGAUAAUAGCCUACCCUUUCUGGAAAACGACCUUUUGAUUCAAAGAAGAUAUCACAAUGACCUACCAAGUCACACGUUAGUUCUUGACUUGUUUUGUACAAUUACCCAGAAAGAAAAACCUCAUGAGAGAUCUCCAUUUUUAUUGGUUCAUGGUAUCAGUUACAUGUCUGUUAUGGGAGAUUACGACAUCUUAUUUCUAGCGGUAUCCAGACGAAAUGCCAAUGCCAUGCUGACAGUGAUAUUUCUUCACAAUCUAAACAAAGUUUUACACCAUUAUCUUUGUCUACCACAUAUCUCAAAACCGGAUCAACUGACGGGAGUAAGUACGGAAAAGGGUAAAUCUUCCCACGUAACCCACCUUAAUCGCGAUGUUAUAACAGAUAAUUUACAUGUUAUCCAUGAACUUUUCGAUGAGUGUAUGGACUUUGGGGUAAUACAAACGACAGAUUAUAACAUCUUGAAAGAAUACAUUAAAGUCGAAGUUAACAGACCAAAGUUAGAGGCAACUGGUGAUGGAAUAUAUAGUCUGUCAAGUAGCUCUGAUGACGAAGAUGAUGCAACGAGCCUUCAAAAAUGGAAUCGUAAUAGGAAGAGUAAGAAGAGUAAGAAGAAGAAGAAGAAUGCAAAGGAUGUUCUGAAUAUCAAAUCUACACACAAUCAUGCAAUUUCUACGCAAAUCACUGGAGAGGACUCUAGAAUCAACAGUUCUAUCUUGAGAAGUCUGUCACUGUCAAUCAGUUGGAGACCAAAGGGGAUUUUCUAUGCCAAAAAUGAAAUAUACAUCGAUAUUAUAGAGGAAUGUUUUUUCGUUUUUGACUUGGAAACCAGUUCUGUAAGACGGAACGAUAUUUUUGGGCGUUGCGAGGUAAAAAGUUACCUUUCAGGAAUGCCGACCUGUAAGAUUGGAUUUAAUGAACAACAUGUGUCUGUUAUUGAUAAUGAUGACGAUGAUGGUUCUCGAAUGAAAAGAGAUUUAUUAGAAAAAGACCAAAACAAUGAUACGCAGAACGGUCAAAUAGUAAAUAACAGUGAAAAGACUGACGAAGAAGAAGGGGAAGAUCAUGAAAGAGAAGGAAAUAUGAUAGCUAAAAGUAUUGAUGAUGACGAUGAAGAGGAGGACGAUGAGCAUGAUGAAAAUGACCAUGAGCUAGAAAUAGCAGAGCUUGAAGAAAAUUCAUUAGAUUCAUCUGCCAAGAAAAGGGCGAAGAAAAGAAGAAAACGUCAUAUUCCAAUUACCAAUAUUCAAUUCCAUCAAUGCAUACAAUUAGGGUCUAUUUAUAAUGAUAACCUAGUAUAUUUCAUCCCUCCAGAUGAUAAGUUUACAUUAUUGUCUUAUCACGUUGAACAAGAGAAACAGAAAAGAAAAUCUCCCCUCAUUACAUUAAAUCCAAUUUUCAAAAUUAUAAAACAUAGUAAGACACUCCAGGUGAUGUGUACGCUAAGCACACAGUUUAAAAAACGUCUUCAUGCACAAAAUCUUGUUAUGAAAAUUCCAGUGAAUCCAAAAUUGUUUGAAUUGGAUGGUAAAAUACCCAUGAAAUUUAAAGCCCAAAUAGGUGAAGUAAGUUACAAAAUAGAUUCUGGUGAACUUGUAUGGAAAAUUGAAGAUAUACCAGGAGGGCUGACCAAUAAGAAAAUGAUGGCAGAAUUGAAACUUGUCAAUGUUCCGAAUGAGGAUAAAAUAAGUGCAACAAUCUAUAACAAGUUUGAAAAUAAUUCUUCUUUAACCGACACAAAUUCGGAUGACGAUACUAUCGGAGAAUUAGAUCGGUUCUACGGAGUUAGUGGGGCACUGGGUCCAUCGAAGUCAUCUCAAGUGACUACGAUAGUUAAUGAUACCCCUAAUGAUGUACUUGUUAGUUUUUCGAUCCCAAUGCUUUCCUAUUCGGGACUAAAGCUAACAUAUUUACGAGUAGAAGAGGAACAAAUGAAAUACACCUCAUUUCCAUGGAUUCGAUAUAAGACAGAAAGUGGCAUAGUCGGAACAAAGGCUAGUUACAGAUUUAGAUUAGGAGUGACUUCUUUCUCCAUAGUAUAA